CGUCAGCUGUUGCAGGGAAAAUAAACUGUUAUUCCCUAAACUUGUAUUAGCCCAUAAAACUUAAAAAGUCCUACAAACAAAACACAUUGUGAAUUAAUUAGCUGGAAAGUGAAUACAUAAUAACCACAAACGGUUUAAUUUACUCACUAGAUUUCGCUGUGCCGGGAAUAAGUGCACUUUUAAAUCAAACUUUACGCCCGCGCAGGCGCCAACUUUUUUGUAAACAUUGCCGCCCAACCCAAAAUGCAACAACAGCAGCCACCAAAAAACUCCUCUGAACGCAAAAUCGGCACAAGGACGUGCCAGCCAGCCAGGAAAAAUCAAUAACAACACAGCCGCGAAGCGACAAAGGCCGGAAGUGCAUUUUUUGCAUUACUGAGCGUUAAGUAACGCCAGAGGGUAGAAAAAAUCCGUAAUUUUUAGGAGGAAAGUGAUGUAGUUUUUUGUGCCAAGACUCUGUACGAAUAAACCCGGAAAAUGGUGGGCAAGGGGUCAAGCGGCUUGGGCGAACACACGAGCACGGGCAGCAAGGAACGCCCUGUUUUUAUUCCGCCUCGGAAACGUCAACAAACCAAGUCGGAGGCCAAGAAGCAGAACUAUGUGGACCAUAUUGUCAGUGUGCAGCAAAAUCGACCGAAGCUGUCGCCCUCAAAUCCGGGACUCGAGGAGGAGCUGCGCAAGUCCAAGCUGAUCAUCAAGAACAAGCAGCCGCUGCCGCAGCUGCCCGGGGAACUGGGUGUGCCCGGUGCCCACGAUACCCUGGCCAGUACCCACUCGGCCAGCUCCACACAGCACAGCCAGAAGUCGGCCCGAUCCAACAGUAAUCUCAACGAGCUGCAGAACUUCGAGUCCAUAUCGCAGGGCACGAAAUCCACCUCGCAGCGGCACGAGAGCAGCACGGUGACGCCCAGCAGCUGUUGCUAUUCGGAGAGCAGCCUGGACGCCAAGUUGAGCAAGUCGCAGGACUGCCUGAGCAACCGGUCGUCCUCCAAGAAGCGGGUGAAUAUCCGGACGACCGAUCUGCCCGGACAGGGACGCAACCAGCGCACCUCGCCAGAGAUAGCCAACUACGAGGACCUGGAGUCCGGCGAGACGAGUGUCCUGAACAACUACGACCAAAGUCUGGAGCGGGGCUACCAGGCGCGCAAGGAGGCUGGCAACUACCUGACCAUGACGGGCACCAUCAAGCGGGGCCGCAAGAAGGGCCAGUCCGUGGACCUGCAGAUCAACAUCAGUCGCGAGGAGCUGGAGCAGCUGAAUGCCCAUGCGAUGGCCAGUGAUUCCAAAAAGGGCGGCAAUCUGUGCUGCACCUGCAGCUGUGGCACUGGCCUCCACAUCCUGCUCAUUUCGCUGUUUUGUCUGCCGUUUGUGACCGUCAUCUCGGCGGUGUACUCUUUCUAUAUUGGCACACUCACCUGGUACAAUAUGUUCAACUAUUACUGCGAGGAAAGGACGUACCUGCACAAGAUCCUAGUGACGCCGCUCCUGUUCGUGGCCUAUCCCCUGGCCAUCCUGCUGUGCACCUUCGGACUGGGCAUCUAUUCUGGGGUGCGGCAGCUGAGUCUGCAGUACAGUAGCUGGGUGAACGACAUCACGGAUAUUGAGAAGGGCUUCUACGGAUGGCUGUGCGGCUUCCUGCGGAUGCCCGACUGCAGUCCCUACGAGGUGGUCAUCCUCACCGAUAUCUGUGUGGCGCCGCAGGAUCCCCAGCGGCUGCAUAUCAACAAACCGCGCCAGGAGCUGUCCAUGUAGGAUGCCUGGCCCCGCAUUUUCGACCAUAAGUGUGAUAUAAAAAAAAACGUAAUUACAAACGUACGAUCAACACAUUAAGUUUCCUUUGGCCAAAUUUGUUCCUUUCACAUUGACAUAAUCGAAUGUCUGCAAUUGCAGCUUUAGAGAACCGAAAUACACUAUAUAAACAAGCGGUUUAAUAUAGCCGCAUCCAGAACAUAAUCCAAGCCCUAGAGAACCUAGCAUUAAGUUACUAGAAAUCUAACACUCGCACAGCGUCUAAAUACACAAGGAGUUCGGGAGCCCGAAACUAAUAUAACUUUGCAAAUGUCAAUAAAAAUAAUUGCUCAAUAAGUAAAUGUCACGGAUAAUUGUUAUAGUAAUUCAGAUUAAUGUAAAUUAAUUUUUGGUCUGAACCCAUGUGUGGGAAAACCCCUAAAGAAUCCAUUUAAUCUUUCAAAUUAAAAACAAUUUUAUAAAUUGUAGUUUGUCAUAUCUGAUUUAAUAGGCAUUCUAAAAACGUUAUUCCAUCCAUUAUUAUUUAUGACAAUUUGCAGGGUUAUCAAAAAACAGUUAACUGUUGUAGUUGGGCACUAGCCUGCAACUUGAAACUUUGCUUUCCUUUCUAACUCAAAGCCAAAUUUAAAGCCAUAUAAGAAACAUAUUACCGAACUGGAAUAGCAUUUACAGAAUUAUGCAUUUAUCUUUAAAGUGAACCAAAAACCAAAUAAAGCAGCCAACUUAAAUGCGCAGUUGACGUGAUGGAAACUUUUUCUUAGUUUUAAGCAAACAUUUUUUAUUUCUACGUCAAUAAAAACCGCAGCAAAGCCCACAUAUAUAUGUAUACUUAUAUAAGCAAACGUUUUUAAAAUAGAAAUUCUAUAUGUUAAGAACCCGAAUAUCAAACACUUAUUGAAAUGAAUAUAUUAGCCAGAGAAAUAAAGUCAAUAAAACUAUAUAGCAAACACAAACAAACCAAAGGUCGUAUUGCGUUCUUAAAUGCGAACUGCUACAUUUUAUUUGAUUUGCAUAAAUAUUUGCAUAUAUUUAUUUUUCAAUUUACUUCAAGCAGCGGGAAUCAAGAGAUAACGUAACUGAUUUAAACAUUUGUAUGUGUACACUCGUAAAAAUCUUUUAUUUAACUCAAAACAAAAGUUAA